AUGUUUGACAAGAGCUUUGUCACGUUCUCCGGAUCUCCGGGGCUUUGUAAUCUUGUCGGAGCUACUGUGUUGGUAGAGUCUACUGACUUCGUAGGCAUUCACCAUGCGGGCCGGGCAGUUGCUGAAGACUUUGGUCGCGUGACGAAGGGAAAUGCGAACCCAUUUCAAGUCUUGGAGCCAACAUCAACAUUCCAAACAAGCUCAGGCGUUGCUAUCAUCGUCGGAUGUGUUGACUCUUGUCGGAUCAUAUCACGGUUGGAGAAUGCGGGCAAAAUUGACACCUCCUGCAUUAGAGGAAAAUGGGAAUCGUUUCUGACCGCCAUCGUUGAGAAUCCUUUUGAGGGAUGUGAAAGGGCACUUAUCAUUGCGGGCAGCGACAAAAGAGGGGCAAUCUUCGGUGCCUAUACUCUCUCCAGCCAAAUUGGGGUUUCCCCGUGCGCAAACCCAAUUCUCCUCUCUGAUUUCCCGACUGACUCUCUUCUUGUUAGAUGGUUUUGGUGGGCCGACGUCCCUGCAAAAUAUCACCCGGAGGUAUUCGCCUUGCCUAUUCAGACCGUUCAUGGCGAACCCAGUAUCCAGUACCGUGGUAUCUUCAUCAACGAUGAAGCACCGGCACUCACAGGCUGGGUGUUGGAGAAGUUCGGCGCAUACAACACGGGAUUUUACAAGAGAGUCUACGAGCUCCUUCUGAGAUUGAAAGCAAACUUCAUGUGGCCAGCUAUGUGGCCCGGAUAUCCCAAUCCUGGUGCGGUCUUCUUUCUCGAUGAUCCCGAAAACCAACGUGUCGCCGACGAGUUUGGAAUUUGCGUGUCAACGUCUCACCACGAGCCAAUGCAGCGUGCGACGACAGAAUGGUUUGAAGAGGGCCAUGCGGACGGAACAUGGGACUGGACAACACACCGCCAGGAGAUCAUCGACUUUUUUCGCAAGGGUGUGCAGCGAGCCAAGGGAAUGGAGUCAUAUUUCACGCUUGGUAUUCGAGGCGAAUACGACAAACAAAUGGCGACCGACGACCCCGGCAAGGUUGUGCGUGACGUGAUUGCACAGCAGCGAGCUCUAUUGGGAGAAGUGCAUGGGCGCGAGGAUGCUGUACCGCAAGUGAUGGCGUUGUACAAGGAGGUCCAGGAUCUCUAUCAAGCUGGCGAGUUCACUGUUCCAGAUGACGUGACGCUUCUUUUUGCCGACGAUAAUUUUGGAUCACUGCGUCGACUGCCAUCAGGUGCUGAGACACGCAGAAAGGGUGGAGCUGGAAUCUACUAUCAUUUCGAAUAUGUCGGGGCGCCUCGCAGCUACAAGUGGAUCAACUCCAACUCUCUGGGCAAAAUAUACCAUCAACUGUACGAGGCGCACAGUCGCCAAGCUCGCAAGAUUUGGGUGUUCAACGUUGGAGACAUUAAGCCGCUCGAGAUUCCGCUGACCUUCGCAAUGGAGAUGGCAUGGAAUAUCGACUCCAUGAAGGCGACCAGUAUUCCUCAAAUUCUGGGUGAUCUUGCUUCGCAUUACUUCGAUGAGCAGCUAAGCUCCGAGACCGCAAACGUUUGGCAUGAGUACGAUCGCCUUGUUCGCAUGCGCAAACACGAACACAUAGACCCAGCCAGCUUUUCACUGCUUUACUAUAAUGAAGCGGAUGACAUUGUCGCCCGCUGGCAAAAUUUGGAAUGUUCCGUUAUCGCGCUAUAUCAUCGCGUCUCCGUUGAACAAAAACCAUCUUUCUGGCAGCUGGUCGUGCACCCAGUCAGAGCCAGCAAUCUAUUUGUCCGUCUUCGCGUGACGCAAGCUCGAAACCAGCUCUACGCCCGUCAAAGGCGCAAUGCCGCUAACAAAUUCCUGCGAGAAACACUAGAUUUGUUCGAUGAGGAUUUUAAACUUUCGCAGGAAUUCCAUUCACUGCUCGAUGGAAAAUGGAACCACAUGCUGUGCCAGCCGCAUAUGGGAUACGGCGAUACUUGGCAUGCCCCCUCCCGGGAUGCGAUAUUUGGCUUGGCCUAUGUCCAAAGGAAUCAAAACAGCAACUUAAUUGUUGGUCAGAUGGGUGUUGCCGUGGAAGGCCAUGAGGGGGUCCGAGCCGGCCGCAUCAACGAGGAAAGCGAGCGGACACACCCUAGUCGCCGGGACUUGGUCCCUGGCUUGUCAUUGGGCCCAAUGAGUCGGUAUGGACCAAGUAAGCGAUGGUUUGAUGUCUUUACGCGUGGAGCUCAGAUAAUCCACUGGACCUCCUCAGCGCCAUACUCUUGGAUUCAUCUCUCGUCGAUAGAGGGCACAUUAAGUCCAGAUGGUGAUGAUGUACGCAUUUGGAUAACAGUGGAUUGGGACCAAGUGCCGUUUGACUUUGAUAAGGAAGUUUUGAUUAGCGUUUCCUCCAAGGAAGGUGACUUCGAAAAUGUACAUCUACCGAUAAAAGGGCACAUCAUUCCAUCCUCAUUCACUGGUUUCGUUGAAGCAGAUGGGUGUGUAUCUAUCCCUGCAUCUGGGAUAGAUUUGAAGUCGCCAUAUAAGCACCACCCCGAAUUGGGUCGAGGUAGCGAGGGCGCUGUCAUGCGCGAAAUGUCUUCUGUUUAUGAAAGGGGCCUUGAGCCUUUCCUUGAGUACCCAAUCUACAUAUUCUCGCACUCUGUUCCAUGCUCCGUUAUAUUAUAUUUCAACAUGACGCUCGAUAUUGAUCCCGCGGAAAAGAUGACUUAUGAUAUUGGAAUUGGCACUCUGUGUCCGGAGAGAUAUUCCGUACUUACGGAUGCGGGAGAAAAGACAAGACUUCCAGCGCAUGGGUGGUUGGAGGCUGUUAUGGACUGCGUAUGGAAAAGAAAACAUUCUAUUAUGGGUUUAGAAAUGGGUUCUCACAUCAUCAGAGUGCGCUUGAACCACUCGAAUCUAUUACUGGAGAAGAUUGUAGUAGACCUUGGCGGUGUGAAAGGAAGUUAUCUUGGCCCUCCGCCCAGCUUCUAUGCACAGAAUUGA